AUGGGCCUUCCUCACAGCGCACACGCCGCCGUCGUGCUCUUCAUGACAUUGACCGGGUUCAUUCUGAGCAUCUUGAUCGUCUUCUCCGGCCCAUUCGUCCCAGGCAUCUGGUUUGUGAGGACCGAAUCAGCGGGGCAAUUCACAACCUUUGGUGUGUACGGCACUUGCAACGAAACAGCUUGUACCAGACGCAGAGGCGGCUAUGAAGUGUCAGGGGAGGCCGUGGCAAACCGGGCCAUGACGGGGCCCAUGGUCAUGCCUGGGCUUCAUAGCCGUGCUACUCUCCAUACCGCUGGUAUUGGCGAAAGACGUGCCGGCAGCGCGUCCGGCCGUGAACCCUCUUAUUCACCGCGCCGUGAUGGUGGGUACUCGCGGUCGUUGGUGACACGCUCACUCGUCAAGGCCCCAGUGGUCCUUAUCGGUUUCACAACAUGGAUCAUCUCCGUUGUCGGCUGGAGCAUAGUAUUGCGAGCCUCGCACAUCGAGGGUGGCUCGGGAAAACUUGGGCCCGCAAUCUGGAUGGGACUGGCUUCUGUUCUCGCGUCGUUGAUUGCAAUGGUGCUCGGAGUUCCCACUGACGCCGGACCUGGCACCGUCGAUAUGAACCCUCCUUCGAUGCUACAGCCCGAAGCAGGGAGAAUGGCUGGGGCAGCGCUCGCACCCCGCGACGGGUACUGGCACUACAAGCACACGACCCGUAUCGUCGAGGAGUAA